UCGUCUGGAAGGCAGAGGUCCACCCCACGAGGCAGUUCUUGACCAAGGCGAAGAAGGUUCCACUGGCUGGGAAGGAGAACCACAGCUUCACCAGUCGCCAUGGAAAGAGAGCGGUCACUCGGCCACCACCAUCCGCAGACUUCUGUGUGACAAUGCCAGCUGUGCCUUAUGUGCUCACGCAGCCAGGGAGGCAGAGAAGGUGGUGCACAUCCAAAGACUGAAGCCUGAGAACCUUGUACUACGUAAACCAUCACUCCCUACCACCUCUUAUGUGGAACGCUCCAGCCUGCCAGCCAUUUCUGGUUUGCAGGACAGUCCCAUCUCCCCCCGCAGGAGGAGUGAGCCCCCUGUGCCUGAGAUUGUGCGUCUCAGACACAGCCCCUUACUCAGGAAGAGGCAACGCCUUCCUAGAGAUGGACCCCAGAGGAGGAAGCCCCUCCCUUCCAAAUUACCAGGUGCAGACCCCUCCCCAAACCAUGUCACGGACCUCAGGCGUCCUCACCUGCAGAUGCCCAGUCAAAGGAAGAAUAAUUUCCGCACCAUUGAUGAGCAGGAGGAUGAGGAAGAUGAGUCUAGCAGUUCUUCAAGCGUGUCUGGUCCUCCUUACGCCAGCUGGGCAGGAUAUGGCCACUUUUCUGGUGCCUCCACUGUUCACAGCCAGAAGCACCGUACUCUUUGGAGACAUCAGAAAACCUUCCAUCCUCACGGAGAUGAUGGGUCCUCCAGUGAGACGGAGGCCUCUUCUAGCAGCGAAGGAGAAGGCCAGAGGGGAAGACACCUCCUUUCUGAAGAGGAACAGGAUUUUCUGACCGCCUCUCUGACCAUGUCCAGCAGCUCCAGGAAGACGGCAUUUGUGACUAUGGGGCUCCCCUUUGUCUCUGAAGCUGUUCUGGAGAAGUUGGAGCAACAUUUGGUGGUGAAGAGGACUCAGAACGCAAUUGGGCUGCCCGUGAUCCUCCUCAGGUCCCUCAAGGCCUUUCUGCCCUUCGCUCCGAGUCCCCUUAUUCGGUGGCCCCUGAAGAGAGAAGUAGUGGUGGUGACCAGGCCUCAGGUCCUCCCAUUUAAGAGUGUGGCCACCAGAAGAAGACUGGAGCAGCACUUGAGAAAGAGGGCUCACCUCAAGCGCUGGGGGCUUCCAAGGAUGAUCCAAGAGGCCCUCAGGCACAUGAAGACUGACUUCCACCCCAUUGUUCCUGGGGUGGAAGGGCCUGAUGAAGACAAGUCCCUGCGCUCAACGAAACAUCCCCAUUUAGCCUCCACAACUAGAGAGGCAACCUUGGACUACCUUCUCCACUCCAAGCCCAGGUUCCAGGUUCACAUCGGGAAGAAGUUAUUCCAAAUUGCCCAGGAGGCCUUUCCUAAACGAGUGGAGCAGUCCCAGAAAAUGAGCACCUCAGAGGAGAAGAAAGCAGUCCUUCCGAAGCUGAUCAGAUUAUCCCCGAGGAGCCCCCAGGCACGUGGUGGGCCGAGCCUCGGUCUUCGGAGGAAGGCGGACAGUGUGGAGAUGAACAUCAAGUGCAAGCACAUCCAACUCUUAUGGCAGCUCCCUACUUUCUACUCCCAGUCCUUGUCCAAGAUGGCUCCCAAGCCUUUUAAUCUGCCAGUGACUCCACCUCGGGGGUUUGGCCCCUCUGAGUUUGGCCACACAGAGACCCCUUUCCUGCCCAGCUCUCAGCGGCAGCUCCUAGACUCCCAUGUGCUCCGGAAGACGGUCCAGCACCAGUGGGGGCAGCUGAAGCUUGUGCAACAAUCCCUCAGGCAGUUCCUCUCAGCCGCACCCUUCAGCCCUGCCACCCCAAAGGGUCCCCGAGUGGACGUCAAGGUGGCCUCAAGAAGCAUGUUGCCUUUCGUCCCCUUGGAGGCCAACCGGAAGCUGGAGGACCACAUCAAGAGGAAGAUCAUUGAGAGGCAGUGGGGGGUUCCCCAAAGGGUGAUGAAGUCUCUCCAGAUGUUCAUGCCAAUGCCCCCCAGUGUAGAGGAGAUGGACGCAGAGAGCGAGGAGGAGAAGGUUGCAAGGAGGUCACCUUCUGUGAAGGAUUCAGGUCUCCACAAGCUCCCCCAAGCCCUUCGGAAGCACGUGGCCCAAAAAGCUCUCAAGAUUCACCUGGGAGAGCCUGGUCCGUUUUCCACGCUGCUUCAGAUGGCGUCUCUCCGAGACAGAGAAGACGGCGCCCUCCCCAGAAUUAUCUCCCCUGGGACAAGGACUUUGCAGCUGCGACCCAAGGAACUCUGCUUCGUGGAGAUGAUGGCCCUGGAGCGUGUUGAACUUAACAUCAGGCACAAAGACUUGGCUCGCAAGUGGGGGCUGGUCACUUUGUACCAAAAGUCCCUCUCCCACAUGUUCACAGGUGUUGAAUUUCAGGUCCCCCCUCCUCCCUUACCCAGAAGGGCCCUUGGGUUGGAUAUCAGCUCAUCAGAUACAGUCUUCAUCAGCCAAGGAACCCGGGAAGAUCUGGAGUGGCAUGUCAGAAGGAAGAAGAUGCAGCACACCUGGGGGCUGGUGAGUCUCGUCAAGAAAUCCCUGCAGUUGUUUUUGCCAACUGCCCCGCGCUGGCACGCUGCAGGGCACACCGAGGUGAUCACCCUCCCAGCUGAAAUCACUUUCCUGAGGGAUGCCAACCUACAUGAGCUAGAGAAGAACAUGAGGAAAAGAGUCGUGCUGCAGAGAUGGCACCUGCCCAGGAGGCUCCGGGAGCCAUUGAAGAUGCUUGGCUCAGAGAUGGCAGUGGUCUCAGGCCCAAGUCAAGAGGUGAAGGAGCCAAGAAGGAGGACGGCUUCUUCUCCACGUCAGCUGGAGGUCUUCCACCUGCCACCACAGGGGAAAGCCCUGGAGGAGGUGAAGGUCUCUCUGGAGAAGAAGCACAUGGAGAUAUCGCUGGGGGUGAUGCCUACAGUGGCCAGACUCUCUUGGCAGCAUGCAACCUCCACACCAAGGAAGCCCCUGCCUAAGCUGAUCCCUCCUGGCCAUAACUUCCUCCAGCCACGUUGCCAUUUCUUGCCCUUUGAACGCCCAGAAGAUGUGGACCAGAUUGAGCAGACCCUGAAGCACAAACGGCUGAUGUUCCUCUGGGGCCUGACCACCCAGUACCUCGAAGCCCUGGGAGGGAUGAUGCCAAGACCACCUGAGGAGCGUCCUCUCCAGCCCAGAUUGGCAGAUCGCUUGGUCUUCUUAGAAGUGGAGACCCCCUUCCUCCAGGAGAAUGUCAGAGGAACCUUUGAAGGACACAUCCGCAGGAAGUGGCUGCAACACGAGUGGGGGCUGCCGGACGUGAUCCAGAGGUCGCUCAGGGGCUUCAUGGGAGGAGUUCCCUCCCCACUCUCCCCACAAAGUGUGUCUCAAGUGCAGAUUCUACACGAGGAGUUGACCUUCCACCCUCAAGAUUCCCGCCGGUUCCUGGAGCUCCAUAUCCGUAGAAGAAAGCAUCAGCAUCAGUGGGGGUUGCCCAAGAGGGUGCUAGAAGCCAUGAAGGGGCUGGGGGUCGAGUCCAUCACUGGUCCUCAGUCCAAGGAAAUGCAAGAGGUAGAUCAGAGUCAGGUGGGCCUGGGGACCUCUGAAGCAGUGGCCACCAAUGGGGAGAAGGCACCUCAUCACCCAUCUCCAGAAGAGAUGUCCCCGUCCGAGACCCUGUUCUUUAGUGGUGAGGUGGAGGAAAGGAUCCAGAUGUUCUCCCUUAAGAAGUGUGUGGAGGUGCAUACAGGGGUCUUCCCAGGGGUGGCCAGGCAGUCCUGGCAGCGUCUCCCUCCUUCCAGAGCCCCCCUCCCCAAACCGGCUUCCCCGAGCUCCUGGACCCCACAGCCACGCAGAAAGCUCCUGCCCUUCGUGCACGCCGAAGACAUUGACCGGUUGGAGCUGGGCAUUUUGCGCCACCGCUUGGCCUCCCUUUGGGGCCUGGGCAGGGCCUACACGGGAGCCAUAGCUGCCCUGCAGCCCAAGCUGCCCUCCAGCCACAGAAGACCCGGAGAAGAAGAGCUCUCCGAGGAGCAGAUCCUCUCUCUGCAAGCGGAGGUCCGAGAGGCCCUAGAAUUGCACGUCAGGAAGAAGAGGCUGGAGCACGGAUGGGGCUUCCCCAGACUCAUCCAGAAAUCCCUGCAAGGCUUUAUGGACAGACCUCCUGCCCAGCCGAGCCUUCAGAAGACGGACAGCUGUGCCCGCAUCCUAUGCCAGGUCCCAGCCUUCCUUCCUCCGAGCACCUGCACCCACCUGGAAUCCCACAUCCAGAGGUGGCAUCUACAGCGACAGUGGCAUUUGCCAGCAAAAGCUCCGGAGUCCCUUAAGCUUCUCCAUCCUCGGCCUGCGUUAAGCCCGUCUGACAUGAGGAGCAGUGAGGAUGGGGACAUUUCCCCCUACUGUUGUGGCCAGGGGGCUGUUUCUGAGCACCCCACUCUGGAUUUGGGGUAUUUCCAACCAGGAGGGGACAUGGGAACUGCUGGCUCAGUGGAGGGCACCCCAGAGCGGGCUGAGGUUCUGUCUAAAAUAGACGCCAAAGAGGUGAAUCAACUUCAAAUCUACUUGUGUAAGAAGAACGUGGAGGUCCAGUUGGAAGCAGUCCCAAAUAUUGCCUGGACCCAGAGCUCUUCAAGGCAACGCCUCCCCAAGCAGAUCCCUCCUGGCCUCAGAAUGUGGCAGCCCCGAUCCUCCUCCCUGUCCUUCUUCCAUGCAGGGGAGGUGGAGCGGAUCGAAAUGGCCAUUCGUUGCCACCAUCUCCUAUCCUUGUGGAGCUUGGGAAUGAGCUACGUGGAUGUUCUGAGUGCUUUGCCCUUCGCGCCAUUCUCCAAGCCUUUCAGGCUGAGAGGGACCAGCAUUGAAUUCUCAGAGGUCCAAACAUCCUUCCUCCAGGAGCAGGAAAGGCAAGGGCUAGAAUGUCAUGUGGUGAAGAAGAAGAUCCACCAUGCUUGGGGCCUCCCGGUUCUUGUCCAGAAAUCGAUGAAGGCCUUCAUGCAAGAACUUCCCAUGCCCCCCACCCCACAAAGGAACCCAACUGAUGUCCAUGUUAUGCACCAGGAGCCAUCUUUCCUUCCCCAAGUUGUCUACAGCCGCUUGGAGUUCCAUGUCCAGAAGAUAAACUUCCAGCGGCGAUGGAGGCUACCCAGGAAGGCAUUAAAAUCCCUCGGGAUGCUCUGCCCAACAGGUGAUGAUGCUGAGGCGGAGAGGCCACUAACGUCCCAUCUUGAUCAAACCUGGAGGAACCUCCCCAGAGGUCCCAGCUUGGAGACUCCUUCAGUAGGUUGGCCUGGAGGAGCAAAGAGCACGGAACGGGCCCCCGGGAGGAAAAGUGAUGUAUUAGGGAUUUUGGACCCUCUGAACCUGAGGAGGCUACAGAUUCAUCUGGCUAAGAAACAUUUGGAGGUCCACUACGGGGUUCUUCCAACUGUUGCCAAGGCCUCCCUUGGCCUUGCAGAUGUCUACUCAAAGCAGCCCCUUCCUAAGCCGAUCCUUUCUGGCCAGGGGCUGCUACGGCCUCGCAAUCUUUCCCCGCUUACUGUGUCUCCAGAAGACAAGGAUCGCUUGGAGUGGGUGGUCCAGAGAAACCGUUUUGCUUUCUUGUGGGGGAUUGGCCUGAGAUACAGGGAGGCCCUUGCCGGAAUGAUGCCCCCAUUUACCUCCCCAUUCCCCAGGCCCAGGCUGCCACAGGCGGAUUUCUCAGAGACGCAGAUGUUCUUCCUCCAGAUGGAGGACAGAGAAGCCCUAGAGGACCACAUCAAGAAGAAAAGGAUACAGGAAUUCCUGGGGGCGUGGCCUGUUGCCGAGGAG